CCAACAAACACCAACGAUGGCACCCAAAGGGUCUAGGAAGUCAGCGGCUGCAGCGCCCAACAAGACGCUCGUCCUCGACAAUGGCGCAUAUUCGAUCAGAGCCGGUCUCGUCUCCCCAGCGUCUGAGCCCACAUACGACGACUGCAGCGUGAUUCCGAACUGCAUCGCGCGCAGCACACGCGACAAGCGCACCUACAUCGGCGCCGAGCUCGAUUCGUGUAAAGACUUCGGAGAAUUGGCAUUCCGCCGCCCAGUGGAGAAGGGCUUCAUUGUCAACUGGGAGGCAGAGAAGGCGAUAUGGGAGCACGAGUUCAUGGGCGACGCCGUGGGGGAGGGGUUGAGGUGUGACCCCAAAGGCACGAACCUAGUCUUGACGGAGAAGCCAAAUUGUCCAAAAGAGCUUCAGAAAAACUGUGACGAAAUAAUCUUCGAGCAGUUUGAAUUCGCGGCCUACUACCGAUGCGUAGGCGCAACACUGAAUGCCUACAACCCUCCCACUGCGUCCUCGUUGGCAUCGCUGCCGCAAGAAUGCCUCCUCAUCAUCGAUACCUCGUACUCAGACACGACCGUGCUGCCUCUCUACAACGGCAAGCUCAUACAAUCGGCUGUGCGGCGGCUCACAGUAGGAGGGAAGCUGCUUACAAACUAUCUGAAGGAGCUCUCUUCGCUGCGGCAUUACAACAUGAUGGAGGAGACAUACCUGCUCAACGAAAUCAAAGAAGCUGUUUCGUAUGUCGUGCCGUCAUCACAGCAAUUCGCCAAGGAUCUGGUGCGCACUUGGAAAGGACGGCUGGGAGAUAAACGAGAACUGGAUUCGAGCAUAGUGGUCGACUAUGUGCUGCCGGACUACGAGAAUGCGAUACACGGGCAUGCGCGACCCCACGACCCUGCAAAAUCACGCAUGCGUCGAGGACUACAACCGUUGCAGGGACCAAGAGAAGAUUUGCUGCCUCUAGGGAACGAGCGCUUCGCCGUGCCCGAGUUGCUCUUCAACCCUUCCGAUAUUGGCAUUCAGGAAGCUGGAAUACCUGGCGCCGUUAUGGAGUCGCUGAGUGCACUGCCGGAAGCCCUGAAAAUUGGCCUAUUGGCGAACGUUGUGGUGGUAGGCGGGAACUCGCUGAUUGCUGGCUUCAUGGAACGUUUACAGACGGAGUUGAGGGCUUUGGUACCAGCGGAGUACACGCUGAAUGUGGCGAGGGCAGACGACCCGAUCAAGCACACAUGGCUAGGAGGAGCAAACAUGGCUAGCCAGCCCGAGUUGUUGAAGGAGCUGCUUGUGUCCAAAGCCGAGUACGAUGAGAGGGGCUCUACGUGGCUAGUAAAGAGGUUUUCAUGAUAUACAUAAUACACACUUCCACGACUGUAUCAGUCUUCACACCAGUUCCAGAUAUCUCUGGAUUUAAAGUGAAAAUGCAGGCAGAGAUCAGACAAUGUAUGCUCCAAGAC